AGAAUCGUUUUCUUAUAUUUCUGUAAUUAGAUACUGAAGUAGCAAUGUUGGUAAUCGUACCAUACAGAAACCUUUUGAAAUUAAAUCUUCGCACAUUUACAACAGCUUUACCUAAAUACCAGCAAGCAGAACAACAAGUGGAAAACAAAUUAGAUGAAUCGGUUACUCCAACAACAAAGGAAGAACCAACCACAUCAACCUCAAAGAAAAAAAAUCGAGCUUUAUUCUUUUAUCAUGGCCGUAGAAAUACAAAGAGCAAAGUCAAGACAAUAAACCACAUUUCCUCUUUCGUUGCAACGUCACAAGAGCUUUCAUGCGUCACCAUGACUCGGGACUUUCAAGUAACAAGCGUUUUAACAACAUCUUUACAACGAAAAUGGAGCGGAAAUAAUUUUAGCCAAUAUUUCUCAACAAUUCACCCAUUUAUACAAGAGAUACCCCAAGUAGACGCACAUAUCAUAGAACGCCCUUAUCUUCCACCAACAUACUACGCCAUCAACCUACAUUUGAGAUCAGUUGCGAUGCUUUUAAUUGGAAUGUUGGAGAAACCGGAGGAAAGUUGUAUAUUUAGUGGUAGUAGACAAAGUGUAGCAAAGUAUGCAAAGCUGGGAGUCGGAGGUACGGCAUCUCGCAUGUGCAGUUUGAAACUUGUUCACAGUAUUGUACAAGAGGGAAUGUGGGAAGGCAGGCCCGUUGAAAUAUCACCUGAAUUCUUAAAAACAUCAAGCGAAGCAACUUUUUACGGCGGAGAAAAUGGAAAUCACAUAUCACCAGAGACGGCUGAUGCGUUAAUACAAGCCCUGUGUUUUUGGAAACAUUUUGAGAAUAAAUGAAAGUCUUAUUUGUUUUUCAUAAAAUUGAAAUUAAGUUUGAGCAUUCGUUUGUAUUCUGAUGGCACCAUUAAACAACAUGUACUACUUUUAUGAAAGUAUGAACUACUAUGGAAGUAUGUACUACUGUACUACUUUUAUGGAAGCAUGACUGUGCUAAGGUGAUAUGAAAUUGUACUCAUAUUUAUCACGCAAAAACUAAAUAAGAAUAUACAAAACUAGACUGUUAUCUUUUUCUGUUUAUAAAUAAAAGUUCACAAAACUA